GUUGGUGAUUGACCCAAUACCUCCGGAGCUGUUCGAGGGCAAUUUCCUUUUAUUAUUCUUUAUUAGUUGCGGUAUUCCUGCUCUUGACUGCAAUCCUGUUCUUAUCCUCCGAGGACGAACUCCCUGGAACUGUGGUAUUUACAAUGUCAACCAUCGAGCUCAUCGUCAACCCUAGGGGUAAACCGAUACGGAAACUCCCAAAGGAGCUGACGGUGUCCACGAACGCUCCUGCUAGCGACAUUUACAAUACCUUAGCUCAAAAGACAGGCUACUCAGUACACCGAUUGAGAAUCACAAAAGGCUCGGAUGGAAGUGUGUUGCUCAAUGGGUCGGAGACUAUUGAGAGUAGCGGGCUGCGAGGGCAGAGUGUCGUUUAUGUCAAGGACUUAGGUCCCCAGCUCGGUUGGCGAUUUGUCUACGUGAUUGAGUAUCUCGGUCCCCUCGUCAUUCCGCCUCUUUUCCUAUACGUAUUACGUCCCUACUUGUACUUCAACUUCGACAAGCUUCCAGAACCCUCAUCGCCUCAGCAGCUUGUAUGUGCUUUGCUAUUCGUUCAUUUCUUGAAACGCGAGUUCGAGACUAUCUUCAUUCACCGCUUCAGCCUUGCAACUAUGCCCGCUCGCAACAUCUUCAAGAACUGUGCCCACUACUGGGCACUGGCUGGUCUCAACAUCGCAUACUGGGUGUUCCGGCCCGACUCUCCCGCUGCAACCAAUGAGCUGAAUCCGAUUCUUUACUACGGUGGAUUGUUCCUGUUUUCCUUCGGUGAAUUAGCCAAUUUCAAUGCUCACUUGGUUUUGCGGAACCUUCGACGACCUGGAACCACUGAGCGCGGAAUUCCAAAAGGGUUCGGAUUCGGUCUUGUGACCUGCCCCAACUACAUGUUUGAGAUCAUCGCCUGGAUUGGUAUCUACCUUUUGACUGGUCUCAGCUGGAGUGUCCUACUUUUCCUCGUGGUCGGUACCUUGCAAAUGUGGGACUGGGCAAAGAAGAAGGAGCGUCGUUAUCGCAAGGAAUUCGGCGACAAGUACAAGCGCAAGCGUUUUACCCUUCUGCCACCAAUCUUUUAAACUUGGAAGAGCAGAUCAUCUUGCGAUUGUCAUGAAAGUUCCGUUCUCAUAAGGCCUGUAGUAUAAUGGUAACUACUACUCGAAGGUGGAUGUCGGGUUGAUGGAACAAAAAAAAGAGAAAACACAGGAGUGUAUUUUUAGGCACAACUCUUGCGAACUUCUCGCUCGGGUGGUAGAUUAAUAUCAAUUAUGAUAAAUGCCACUGUAUAGUAUGU